CACGGCGCGACCGCUUGCGCGAUAAUUUCGCACUGGCAACUUUUAAGAAAAAUUAAAUUGAAAAACUACGUUCGAAAAUAUCAAAUUAAAAGUAAACAUUUAUUCGUAGCUCACUACCUUCGAAAUUUAAAUUUGGAAGUUUGUGUAAAUAUGUGAAACUUGAAGUGACGAAAGUUGUAAACUUCUUUGUAUUUCUUUUUAUAUAAUUUGUUUGAAAUGUUAAAGAUUACAAUACUUAUUUAUAAAUAAUAUUGAAACUAAAUAAAAGUGUUUUGAUUUAUUUAUAUGUUAAAAAAAAUUAAAAUAUCUGUUUUUGCUUAUUAAAACUACUUAGAAAGUGUAUAAACUGGACUUUAUUUGUUUUCGAAUUUGAUUUUUAAAUGCAGUGAAAAAUGUUGUUAUAAAAAAAUUAAGACCCUUUCAUCGAAUAUUGGUGAUAGGUAUUUUUCUUCUGUAACUAAGGUGUGACAGAUGCUAUGAUGCCAGAUGAUCUGAGCCCGACGGCUCCGCCCAAUGACUCGACCACGGACCCUCACUUCUUCAUCACCUUCUACGAUGUGGUGGAGCGACACUAUGUCAACCACACGCCUAACUCCACAGAGGUGUAUCAAUCAUUCAUCCUGCCGUGGUGGCGGCAGGUGCUGUGGACGGUACUGUUCGCGGGGAUGGUGGUGGUGGCCACCGUCGGCAACCUGGUCGUCAUCUGGAUCGUGCUCGCCAACAAGCGGAUGAGGAGCGUCACCAACUACUUCUUAGUAAAUCUCUCCGUAGCAGACGCGAUGGUGUCAACCCUCAACGUAACGUUCAACUUCACAUACAUGCUGUACUCUGAUUGGCCGUUCGGUCACUUCUACUGCAAGUUCUGUCAGUUUAUCGCAGUACUGAGCAUAUCUGCCUCCGUGUUCACUCUGAUGGCCAUCAGUAUAGACCGUUACGUCGCAAUAAUGAGCCCACUACGCCCACGGCUGGGCAAGCGCGCAACACUGGGCAUAGCCGCGCUCAUCUGGGCGGGCAGCUCCGUGAUCAGCAGCCCCAACUUCAUAUACUUCACCACUGAUGUUGACGUCCAACAUGACGGGAGCGACAGGCGAGUCUGCUACGGAGAAUGGCCGGAUGGAAUCACCACUCAAUCGCAGCUAGAAUACGUGUACAACGUAACGUUCAUGGUGCUGACAUACUUCCUGCCUAUCUCCUCGAUGACGUACACAUACACUAAAGUGGGGCUGGAGUUGUGGGGCUCGCAGUCCAUUGGUGAAUGCACGCAGCGGCAGCUCGACAAUGUCAAGAGCAAGAGACGGGUGGUGAAGAUGAUGAUAGUAGUAGUGGUGAUAUUCGCCGUGUGCUGGCUACCGUUCCACGUGUACUUCGUGGUGACGUCAUACUACCCCGACGUGGUCAACUACCCGCACAUACAGGAGAUCUACCUGGGCAUCUACUGGCUGGCGAUGAGCAACUCCAUGUACAACCCCAUCAUCUAUUGCUGGAUGAACUCCAAGUUUAGAAGAGGCUUCAAGCAAUUCUUCUGGUGCUGCGGCGUGCUCGGCAGCGGUGGCUUAAAUCGACACCGAGCUUUUGGUCCGGAUCGGCUUGACAGAUCAGUGCGGUCUUUAUCACCAAGUCGGAAAAAUGGUACAAGCACAAUCCGCAUCUCGAUGCACAGCACGUACAACAACACAUUGGUGAGUAGUGCCUGACAUAGACGCGGGACGGGAACGUCCGCCACGCACGGCGAUUGCGCGCCGAAUGACCCGCCGAACGUCGAGCGCACGUGGAUAUGACGCGCGUCCCGUCUCCCGCGCCCCACACUCACUCCACAAGAACUCUAUGCCUAACCUUAUUGGGGAAGAUGAUUCUGUGACCGCCAAUCAGUGCUUCGCAACCGUUGUGUUUCAAAUUUAAAUAAAGUUUUCGUGUUUAAAUGUACCGCAACUUUUAAUACUGUCGACAACUGUGUAGUGAGUAGUGCAUUGUAGAUAUAAGUGCUCGAGGUUUUAAUAUUACGCUCAGAAGUUAUACGUAUUCCAAUUUUAUAAUAACAUCUUAUUUCAUCUUGAAAUGUCAGAAGAGCGGACCAAAGCUUUAUUAAAAUUAUGAACAGAUUGAAAAAGUAUUUCAAAGUGUGUCCUGUCUUAAAAGGAGCUUCAAUUCAGCAUUAAUUAAAAUUGUAUAAUAUUUCUCUGAAAAUGUAUUUAAGUGUUUAAUUGAUAAUAACUUCGAAGAUAUUUCUCUACAUCUCGUACAGACAGCUACAUAUACGUAAAUUAUUAUUUUUGUAUAUUAAACUACUUGAGUACCUAUAAUUACCAUAACUACAGAACAACUAAUUGAUAAAGUAUAUUGUACAGUUUCAGUAAGUAGUAACAAUUAUAUUUAGUUGUUUAAGUUAUUUAUUUGUAUAAAUAAAAAUAUUUAUCAUGACCAGGGAGUUAUAAAUUAUUUACUACGGGCUGGAUUAAAGCAGGGAUGUUUACUGUCGAUAAACUGAAACUGUAAGAUAUCCGAAAUAAAAACUAGCCGUAGCCGAAACCGUUAAAAGUUUCGGAUAAUUUCAGAUAGGGGCAGAGUCAAUGCGUUAUGAUUAUGACAACUUUUUUGUUUCUGACCAACUAAAGCGACUCCGCCACACGGCUCUUGCUUUAUUUAUUUUCUCUAUUGCUUCGUAACAGACGAUGAGUUGCGGUGUACAGAAAAACCUGUCGAUAGGUUUAUGAGACACCGUUUUUUAUUGUAAAAUGUUUAUUAUUACUUUAAAUAAAAAAAGAAACUAGUAAAUAAUUGAUAAUUACUUACAGUGCAAUUUUACAUUUUACUUAUUUCAUUUUAAUAAAUAAAGUCGAAUCAUUUAGGUACUUAUUUGCAUGUGAUGUUUAUAAUACCAGAAAAAUCUAUUAUAUGUGUAAGGGAAAUUGAGCGGAUAAUCCGAAAUUAUUUAAUAUCCGAAACCGAAACUUCAUAUCCAUAACAUCCCUACUUGAGAUUUAUGCUUUAUUUGUUUAUUUAUAUAAAGGAUAACCAACGUGUUACAUAACUGUUUUUGACAGAUUGAGAAAAGUUUAAGGUUUACAGGUAACAAAAUAGAUAUUAUGCCAGUCUUACAUUAGUAAAAUGGAUAACUUAUUUUAGAAUUCCUACAUUGUACAUACAUAACAUAAAUAUACGUUCCACUGCUGGGCACAGGCCUCCCCUCAAUCAACCGGAGGGGAUAUGGAGCAUACUCCACCACGCUGCUCAAAUGCGGGUUGGUGGAGGUGUUUUUUUACGGCUAAUAGCUUAACGUGCCCGUGCGUGUACAUUGUAAUUAAUUUUAAUUAGCAAAAGGCUGAUUCUGUGGUUUUAAACGAAAAUGGUGCAAUAUUUUAUUCCAACAAUUCAUUGUCUUAUUAAGGUUUUGUAUUAUUAAACUACGCUACCACGCAGUGGAGCAACGUGGUGGAGUAUAUUUCCUAUGCCCAGCAUAAAUAGGCAGUUUCUAGGUAAGCUUGUACCAUCACAACUUACCAUCAGGUGAGAUUGUGGUCGAAUGCUUGCCUAUCUUUCAUAAGAAGAAGCCAUAGAAAACAAUGAGUUAAUUUAAGCCAACUGUGUCACCAACUGAA